GAGAGGCAGACAGAGGGAAGUGCAUCUGCUGGUACCGCAUCAUCCUCCCGUCGCCCCGGACUGCAGCCGCUGAUAACCCCGCUAACAUCAGCCGGAUAACGGAGCAGAGGUCGGCCCGUGUCCCGCCACUCAGCCGGUUCGGCUCGGUCACGUUUAUUAACCCCUCAACAAACCGUCCAGAAAGUUCUGGUUCCUGCGGCGGAAGAAAAGCGGACAGAAAAUGAACGAGAGUCAGGUCCAUCCGCUGCUGGCCGAGUACGACUUCGAGAGGCGUUUCGACGAGAGACGGGCUCUGGAGUGGAUGCAAGAAAACUGGAGCAAAGCAUUCAUGUUCUGUGGCCUGUAUGCUGCGCUCGUAUUCGGUGGUCAGCACUUCAUGAGGGAGAGGCCCAAGUUAAACCUGCGGCGCCCGUUAGUGCUGUGGUCACUCAGCCUGGCCAUCUUCAGCAUCAUCGGAGCACUGAGGACUGGAUCAUACAUGCUGCACGUCAUCACAACCAGCGGCUUCAGACAGACAGUGUGUGACACCAGUUUCUACAGCGCCCCCAUCACCAAAUUCUGGGCCUACGCCUUUGUCCUUAGCAAGGCCCCCGAGCUGGGUGACACCGUGUUCAUCAUCCUCCGGAAGCAGCGCCUCAUCUUCCUGCACUGGUACCAUCACAUCACCGUGCUGCUCUACUCCUGGUACUCCUACAAGGACCAGGUGGCGGGCGGCGGCUGGUUCAUGACCAUGAACUACGUGGUUCAUUCUCUCAUGUACACGUACUACGCAGCCCGGGCGGCCGGCCUACGGGUGCCCCGUCCCUGCGCCAUGAUCAUCACAGCCACCCAGAUCCUGCAGAUGGUGAUGGGCCUGACCGUCCUCAGCCUGGUGUACCUCUGGAUGCACGAGGUGCGCUGUCCGUCCAACAUGGACAACAUCACGUGGGGCUCUCUCAUGUACCUCAGCUACCUGGUCCUCUUCGCCUUGUUCUUCUACAACACCUACCUCAGAGGCUCCUCUAAAGGAUCCAAGGCAGAGUAGCAUGUCAGUACUGUGCUAUUAAAGCGUGCCAUACGUAGAAACGACCAACAGCGAGGGGCCAUGAAUGUGUGAGUUACAACUAGUUAACUGGUCGCUCGGUCCUCCUCUUUUUACAUUUUCACUUGACUUUUUACAGACGUCUGUAGCUCAGCACUGAUACAUCCAAGGUUUUACAGCGGUAGGAAAGAGGAGACCAGCGCACAGUUCAUUAUCUCAUGAUUCGUAGGGAGUUCUGUGUGGAAAUUGAUUUAACACAAGAAUGGAGGACUAACAUGUUUGUGUUUGACUAACAUCGUUCUCACCUCGUUUGAACGAUUGCCUUGGUGACUCUCGACCAGUUUAACAAAAAGCAGCCAUAUAAGGGCCAAAUAUCUGUCACAGGUAGUUAACAAAUGUUUGUAUGUCGUAAUCAUCCUUGAUUUAUAUGUAAAAGCUCUGAAGUAGAAAAAGUACAUAUGAAUGUUAAGUUGUUAGAGGAGUAGUUUGACAUGUUGGGUAAUGUAGUCGUUUGCUUUCUGUCUGAAAAGAGCUGGAAUCAGGAUGUUCAGCUUAGCAUGAUCUCGCUUAGCCAGACCUUUAUCUAUAGAGCUGUGUCAGCGCCAGAGAAAGGUCUGCAGCACUCAUUAUCAAUCUGCUGUAGGGAAUGAAAAUACUCUGACUUGUUUGUAUUCCUGUAAACCAGUCACACUUGACUGUGGCGGUGCGAAGCCCAGGAUGCAGCGGCUUGUUUUGGUGGAACAUUUGCAUGUUGGGAGACGAGCACUGUCUUUAAAAUGGCUAAUUCUCUGCAAAGAGAGCAGAAAACAGCAGCAGUCCACUGUCAACUUGAACUGAUAAAAAAGACAAAUUUAUUUUGAUAAUUUGUGUUGUAGAGGUGAAGCCUGAUUAUACUACAGCUCUGGAAGAAACUGCAGACGAUUUGCUGGCUGUAAGUGGCUUUUGCAAAUCAACUCUGACUGGCCAUGUCAGAAAAUGGAGCAACAUCAGGGGCACGAGAGCCCUGUGAGUGGCAGUCUGGGCUUCUCAGAGGUGUGUUUGCAAGUUGUUUUAUUUGUUGUAGAUCUUUAUAACAAUUCACAGAAAGAGCAAAGCAAGCAUGCCGUACUGCACGAUCCAAGUCUUUGUCAAAACGUGCUGUUUUUGGCAUUUAAAUUUUUAACCUGGAAGUUGUUGUUGUUGGAAAACGGUAUCGUGCAGUUAGCAGCAGGGGAGAGAAUGCCGGCUGAAAUAGCCCCAGUCUGCAUCCAGUGAGUCAGAAUCAGCUCAGCAUAAAGUCUGGAAGCAGUAGGAAGGUGAAAAAAUACUCUGCUUGUAUCACCUCAAAAAAAAAAAAAACAUUUUAAAAAUCGGAUUUAUUUGUCAUUCCAUAAAGGAAAUGUAAAAACGUCCACAGGUGAGUUUAGGUGGGAGUUAUGUGCUGGAACGUCCUGACAAACAACAGUGUCUCCAGCUACAGCGCAGGCUGCCAGAUACAGCUGAUAUUAACAGUAAUAACAGAACAGGUUUUACACUGUUGUUCCUACACGUGGUGACAAAGCAACAGCGUAACCAGCUACAUGUUCGUUGAGUCACUGUUGAAGUGUUGCUGAAGCACUUGUUUAGAUCGUUACGUCAUCAUUGGCGCAUGUGUGUCUACACACAAAAAAGCACCUUGACGGAACAACUUAAAGCAAAUGUCCACUUUAGAAUGAAAGUACAGACAGUACUUACUGAUCCUCAUGCCGACAACAAGUCCAGUGUAGUUUUUUAA